AUGGAAGAGCGGUGCAAUGCGGCAGGGCAGACUAACCGACCCCGGACCGAGCAGGAGGGGCCAAGCAUGCAACAACUAGGGCGCACUGGAGAACCAGGAGAAGCCUGUGAGGCCAAAAAUCGGGGCAACGCGGCCAUCAGAGACAUAGGCAUGAUUUCCGGAGGUCCCACUAAUGGAGAUUCAGGUCGGGGACGCAAGUCUCAUGAGCGCCAGUGGGAGAUCCAUGCUGUAGGGUGUAGCCAAGAGCAGGCUGCUGGCCCUAUCAUCAGCUUCGGACCGCAAGAUCUUGAAGGACUGGAGCUGCCCCAUGAUGAUGCCCUCAUCAUCAAAGCUAUUAUAGCUAACAACCGAGUGGCCAGAGUCUUCGUAGAUACUGGAAGCUCUGUAAAUGUCAUGUUCAGGUCGGCUUUUGAAGAAAUGCAGAUUGACACCAGUGAGCUCGAGCCGGUGGCCACUUCUCUAUAUGACUUUACUGGUAAUGAAGUAAGGCCCAUGGGUCAGAUCAAACUGGCCAUAUCCUUGGGAAGCGAGCCAUUGGUCAGAACCAGGAGGAGCACCUUCCUUGUAGUUGACUCGCCCUCUUCUUACAACGUCAUUUUGGGUCGACCGGCCUUGUAUGAAUUCCGGGCGACGAUUUCUACAUUUCGUCAGAAAAUCAAAUUCUCGGUCGGUGAGCAUGUCGGGGAAGUUCGGGGGGAGCAGAGGGUAUCUCGAUGA